AUGCCCCGCUGGAUACGAAGGAAAGAGAACCUACGUGAAAUCUCUGGAGACGAAUCGCUGCGCGUGUCCUUUGCAGGGACCAAACGUUUUCUGUAUAACGCCAUCACCAACUCUCUCCGUGCUACCAGCGUCCGUAAAACUGCAUCUAGUAACACUUGGAACAUCUUCUGGGGGGAGCACCUCAAGACUCAAGAGUUCGCAGCAUUACUCCCAUUUCAGCGUGUGAAUCAUUUCCCAGGCAGCUUUGAGUUAGGUCGUAAAGAUCGCCUAUGUUCCCACUUACUGCGUAUGAGAAAGAAACAUCCAAACGCCUACGCGGAUAUCAUUCCAGAGACGUAUCUUACAGCAAAUGACUACGACAAGCAGCAAUUUUUGACGCGUUUCCACGCCGAACCAAAUGUUGUUUGGAUUCUAAAACCACCCAAUUUAUCCUGCGGUCGAGGCAUUAAACUUGUGUCUUCAAGUACCCACCCAACGCCAAAGCUCUCAAAGAAGAAAGCUUACGUAGCUCAGCGAUAUGUUGCCAACCCGUUCCUGAUCCAUGGUCUUAAGUUUGAUCUCCGCGUCUACGUUGUAGUAACAUCGUACGAUCCAUUAUGCAUUUAUCUUUUCAACGACGGAUUAGUACGCUUCUGUACGGAAAAAUACUCGACGAGUAAGAGUGCUUUACAGAAUCCCUUUGGGCAUCUCACAAAUUACAGCAUCAACAAGAAAAAUGCUGCUGCGUUUCAGAAAAAUCAAGAUACGCAGGAUGAAUUGCAUACGCUCUCAAGCAGCAAAUGGAGUCUGCAGAUGUUGUUCAAAUACCUGCGUGAUCAAGACAAAACUCGUGAUCUUGAGAACUUCCAACAAGCGCUCGAAGAUUUGAUCGUGAAAACUUUAAUUGCUGUAGAAGAUAAACUAUCGUCGGCCUGCAGUCGCAACGCGUUCGAGCUGUACGGGUUCGACGUGUUGAUUGAAGGCGAAAACUUGAAACCUUGUCUUCUGGAAGUGAAUAUUUUCCCGUCUCUCAGCAGCUCCUCGCUGAUGGAUAAACGCAUUAAAACUGUGUUGGUUAGUGACUUGUUCCAGCUUGUGGGGAUUCCAUUCGUACACGCGAAGAAAGAAACACAGCAGCUAGAUAAAGCCAAGCAAGAUCGCCUUCACGGCAUUAAACAGCCAGGAGCCACUAGAAUGAUUCUCCAAAAAGAAAAUGAAGCACAGAGACGGCGACGCAUAUUUGACGCGUUGUCCAGAUCAGCUAACAGCGUCACGAUGUCCCAGCUUAGCGAUGAAGACUUGCAACUUGUGAAAGAGGUGGAGGAAGAACUCCAUCGCUGCGGACAUUUUAAGCGCAUUUUCCCAACAGCACAAGCAUUUGACAAGUAUUCUGAACUCUUCGACUCGCUGCGCUACCGCAAUCUGCUGUGCAUGAGAUGGCUGCAGCAUACAAACCAAGACGGUGGCCGAAGAUUACCUCUAACGCUGAAGAAAUAA